UUUGGCAGACGCGGGAGAUUGCAGCAUGGCGGUGCAGCCCAAACAGAACCUGUCCAUGGACAGCGCCACCGAAACCGGCUUCCUCAGCUUUUAUUUCUCUAUGCCCGAGAAACCAGACACGACAUUCAGAGUGUUUGACCGUAAUGACUACUACACCGUGCACGGAAAAGACGCCACGUUUGCAGCGAAAGAAGUUUUCAAAACCAAUGGAGUUCUGAAGUAUCUGGGCUCAGGGAACCGCAGGCUGGAGAGUGUGGUGCUGAAUAAACUUAACUUUGAGACUUUUGUGAAAGAUCUGCUGCUGGUGAGGCAGUAUCGAGUGGAGGUUUACAGGAAUCAGAGCAAGAACAGCAAGGAGCAGGACUGGAAACUAGAGUACAAGGCCUCUCCGGGGAAUCUGACCCAGUUUGAGGACAUCUUGUUUGGUGGAGGGUCCGGAGCCGAGGGCUGUGCUGGAGUGGUGGCGGUACGGUAUGCCACAGCCGCAGACGGACAACGUGUGGUGGGCGUGGGUUACGUGGACGCAGCGGAAAGGAUCAUGGGAGUCUGCGAAUUCCCCGACAACGAGAUCUUCUCCAACCUAGAGUCCCUGCUGGUCCAGAUCAGCGCUAAAGAGUGUCUCCUGCCCCAAGGGGAGUGCAGCUCAGAGGGGAGUAAACUCAGAGAGGUGGUGCAGCGUGGUGGGAUCCUGGUGUCUGACCGGAAAAGAGCAGAUUUCAGCAGCAAAGACGUUGUGCAGGAUCUGAACCGACUGCUCAGGGCAAAGAGAGGAGAGACUGUAGCCAGCAACACUCUGCCUGAACUUGACAAACAGGUGGCCAUGUCGUGUCUGGCUGCUGUGGUUCGGUUUUUGGAGCUUCUUUCUGAUGAGUCCAACUUCAAUUCGUUCAGUCUGAAGCCUCUGGAGCUGGGGCAGUACAUGAGACUGGACAACGCCGCGGUCAGAGCCCUCAAUCUGUUCCAGGGCUCUCCAGACGACACCAGUGGCGCUCACUCUUUGGCCGGUCUGUUGAAUAAAUGCAGGACUCCUCAGGGCCAGCGCCUCGUCAACCAGUGGAUCAAACAGCCUCUGAUGGACAAGUCCAAGAUAGAGGAGAGGCUGGACCUGGUGGAGAGUUUCGUGUGCGACUCGGAGCUCAGACAGACUCUUCAGGACGACCUCUUGCGUCGCGUUCCCGAUCUUCACCGUUUGGCCAAAAAGUUCCACCGUCAUUCGGCGACGCUGCAGGACUGUUACCGCGUCUACCAGGCCGUGAGCCAGAUCCCCAACAUCAUCAGUGCUCUCGAGAGAAACUCAGGAGGUUUUCAAGUCCUUCUGGAGGCUGUGUUUCUGACUCCAUUCAGAGAUUUGCAAAACGACUUCGUCAAAUUUCAAGAAAUGGUCGAUACCACUUUGGACAUGAACCAGGUAGAGCAUCACGAGUUCUUGGUGAAGCCUUCGUUUGACCCGGUGCUGAGUGACCUGAGGGAGAAAAUGGACGACCUGGAGCAGAACAUGCAGAGCGUUCUCAACAGCGCCGCCAGAGAGCUCGGUCUUGAAGCUGGUAAAACAGUGAAGCUGGAGUCUAAUGCCAUCCAUGGAUAUUACCUCAGAGUCACGUGUAAAGAGGAGAAAAGUCUGAGAAACAACAAGAAAUUCACAACUCUGGACGUGCAAAAGAACGGAGUGCGCUUCACAAACAGUAAACUGAGCUCCCUGAACGAGGACUACACCAAAAACCGUGAGGAGUACGAGGAAGCGCAGAACGCCAUCGUCAAGGAGAUCAUCAGCAUCGCCUCAGGUUACGUGGACCCUCUCCAGACCCUGAGUGACGUCAUCGCUCAGUUGGACGCCGUGGUCAGUUUCGCCGUGGCCUCGGUCUCCGCUCCCGUCCCGUACGUCAGGCCCCGCCUCCUGGGCCAAGAUGGCGUCCGGAGGUUGGAGCUGGUCCAGGCCCGUCACCCGUGCAUGGAGACGGACGCGGACACGGCCUUCAUCCCCAACGACGUCAGCUUCACCGAGGGAGAAAGGAGCUUCUACAUUAUCACAGGUCCAAAUAUGGGCGGUAAGUCCACGUUCAUCCGUCAGGUGGGCGUGAUCGCGCUCAUGGCUCAGAUCGGCUGCUUCGUCCCGUGCGAGAGGGCGGAGCUUAGUGUGAUUGACAGCGUCCUGGCUCGAGUGGGGGCCGGGGACAGUCAGGUCAAAGGCGUCUCCACCUUCAUGUCCGAGAUGCUGGAGACGGCGGCCAUUUUACGUUCAGCGACAAAGAACUCCCUGAUCAUUAUAGACGAGCUGGGCAGAGGCACCUCCACCUACGACGGCUUUGGUCUGGCCUGGGCGAUCUCCGAGCACAUCUCCUCAAAGAUCGACUGCUUCUGUCUGUUCGCCACACACUUCCACGAACUCACGGCGCUCGCCAACCAGCAGACGACCGUACACAACCUGCACGUGACCGCCCUCACCACCCAGGACACUCUCACCAUGCUCUACAAGGUCAAACCAGGCGUGUGCGAUCAGAGCUUCGGGAUCCACGUGGCCGAGCUCGCCUGUUUCCCGGCGGCGGUGGUGGCGGCGGCGAAGGAGAAGGCGUCCGACCUGGAGGAGUUUCAGGAGCUCGCGGCAGAAGAAGAAAAAGAGGAGGGGCCAGAGAGCAAGAGGAGACGCACCGACAAACAGGCCGGUGAAGGUCUGAUCAUGGACUUCCUGGAGAAGGUGAGGUCACUUCCUGUCUCCAGCAUGGACGACGCCGAGGUGAAGUCGGAGCUGCAGAGGAUGAAGGACGAACUGGCAUCUAAAAACAACAGCUACAUCUCAGAGAUCCUCAAAAGAUGUGUUUCUGUUAAAUAAGCUUUUCCCCACUGAUGCAUUACUGUAACAAUGUAUAGAAAAAAGUUUUGUAUGUUUUUCAAUAAAGAAAAUAAGUGAUAGUG